ACAUGGCUGACAAAACACAAUAGUUCAAUUCACACCAGUGCAACCAUUCAAAGAGUCUGAAUGAUCAAGCUGGGAGAGAAGAGCCUACUGCAGAAAAGGAAGUGAAACAGGAUGUCAGCAUAAUGGAAGAUGGCAGCAUUCAAGGCCGCAUGGCUCCAAAUGUUGGAUCCAUGUUGAAGAUCAAGAAUGAAUACUUUCGAGUGGUGCUGGCAGAAAGCCUCUGCACAUUCAUCAUGAUGGUGUUUGGCCUUGGCACUGUAGCACAAGUGGUCACAGGAGAUGGUUAUUUUGGUGAAUAUCUCAGCAUUAAUAUAGGCUUUGGGCUGGCAGUGGCUAUGGGUGUACAUGUUGGUGGAAAAGUGUCAGGAGCUCAUAUGAAUGGAGCUGUUUCGUUCACAAUGUGUGUGUUUGGCCGACUGCGCUGGAAGAUGCUGCCGCUUUAUAUUUUUGCUCAGUUUCUAGGAUCUUUCCUUGCCGCCGGGACCAUUUUUUCCCUUUAUUAUGAUGCCAUAAAUCAUUACUGUGGGGGUAAUUUGACUGUGACCGGACCCAAAGCAACAGCUGGGAUUUUCGCUACAUAUCCAGCACCCUAUAUCUCAGUCUACACCGGAUUCUUUGACCAGGUUGCAGGCACAGGCCUGCUGUUGUUGUGUCUGAUGGCUCUGUCAGACCAAAAGAACCAGCCGCUGGUGUCUGGAAGUGAAGCUGUCGGUGUGGGGCUUCUGGUGAUGCUCAUCGGCGUCUCUAUGGGGAGCAACAGCGGCUACGCCAUCAAUCCCACACGGGACCUAGGGCCACGGCUCUUCACACUCAUGGCAGGAUGGGGCACAGAGGUUUUCAGGGCAGGCAAUGGCUGGUGGUGGGUACCCUUGGUUGCUCCUUUUAUUGGUGGAGUUUUAGGGGCUUUAAUCUACAAAGCACUAGUAGAACUACACCAUCCUGAUCUUAAGAGCAUUACAACACGGCCAGCAGAAGAUCCUGAAUGCAUUCCUCUGGACAAGUGCAAGAACGGCAGUAUAGAGAUACCCGUGUGAGACCCGUUCCCAGGUACAAACCAAAUAAAUGGUGGA